CGCUGGCCUCAGGGUUGUGGGAUGCAGGCCCGCUGACCCCGGACUCACACCACCAGCCGGGACUCGGACGCGCCCGUGCACGUGGCUGCCCCCAGACUACCCGCACCCCUGACUCCGGCCCCCCGCAGCCCAGGGGAGCGUCAUGCUCUUAGGCUCCACCAGAGUCCAAGGCUGGCAGCUUUGAGCUCCUAAGGCCUUGAGCUUUACACCGGACUGACCCCUUCCCUGCCCCGUGGCCAGGCGUCAGGGCCGGGGUGCCCCUGACGCCUCCGUCCAGGCCCCACCCAGGCUGCUGCUCUGCGCCCAUCCCCGCAUCGCGCCCCGAGGACUGCGAUCGUCCUGCUGUCCAGCCCUACGGACAGCAGUCCUGGGGCCUGAGCGGGCGGGGGGCUGCUUGUGACUGGGGCCGAUGGGGUCUGACCCUGACAUUUUCUUUGCAGGAACCCCUGGCCUGGCCAUGGACUCCGAGUGCGCCCAGCUCCUGCCAGCCCUCUGCGCAGCCCUGGCCGACCCCAGGCAGCCGGUGGCAGAUGACACCUGUUUGGAGAAGCUGCUGGACUGGUUUAAAACUGUAACUGAAGCUGGUAAGGGGUCCAGUCUGCUGCUGCUGCAGGACAGCCCUUGCCUGGUGGAGCUGCUGCUCCAGGUGCUGAAGUCCCAGGACCUGAGUCCCGGAGUCCUCUCCUUCUCUCUCCGCCUUGCGGGCAUAUUUGCCGCCCAGGAAGACUGCUUCCAGUAUCUUCAGCAGGGCGAGUUGCUGCCCGGGCUCUUCGGAGAGGCGGGUCCCCUUGGCGGAGCAGCCUGGACAGUGCCCACGGUGCGCAGCGGCUGGAUCCAGGGCCUGCGCUCCCUGGCACAGCACCCCAGCGCCCUGCACUUCUUGGCCGACUCUGACUCUGGUACCCUGGACACCAUCUUCUCUCUGCAGGGAGAUUCCAGCCUCUUUGUGGCCUCAGCAGCUGGGCAGCUCCUGGCACACACCCUGGCUCUGUCUAUGCGAGACCAGGCCGAGGGACACCCCAGCCCUCAGGCCUGUGACUGGCCGGCAAGUGCCCAGAGGAUUUUGGGCCAUGUCGAGGAGUCCCUGCGUUCCACCGCCACCCCGCAGGUCACGCAGGCCCUGAACGUCCUGACCACCACAUUUGGGCACUGCCAGAGCCCUUGGACGCAAGUCCUUUGGGUGCGGCUGAGUCCCCUCGUGGCCUGUCUGCUCGAGAAAGACCCUGUCCCAGCCGCACACUCGCUGGUGGAUCUCCUCCUCAGCGUGGCCCGCUCUCCUGCGCUGAGUGCUGACUGCAGCCUGUGGGAGACGUUGGCACAGACCCUGGGCCAUCUGAGCCCCGCUCAAGCAGGGCCUCUGGCCCUGGGGGUCCUGAAACUGCAGGACUGUCUGCAGGCACUGAGGACACAGGCCUUCGAUGUUCUCCUGCAGCCCCUGGCCUGUGUCCUGAAGGCUGCUCAGGCCCCCGGGUCCCCAGGCCUGCUGGUGGGGCCCGCGGGGGACUCGGUGGUGGCGGAUGCGCUCCUGUCCUCCAGGUCGGCCUGCGUGGGUCUCCUGUGCCAGACCCUAGCCCACCUGGAGCUGCUGCAGCCCGUGCCCCAGCGGCCCUCGCCCUGGCCCCAGGCGCCCCUGCUGGGGGCUGCGGUGACAGUCCUGCGGUUCUGCAAUGGCUCGGCAGUCCCCACCUCCGACUCCAACGUGGGGGGCCGCCUCUGUGUGAUCCUGGCUGGCUGCGUCCGGGUCCAGCGAGCGGCCCUUGAUUUCCUGGGGACACUGUCUGAGGGGACAGGCCCCCGAGAGCUGGUGACGCAGGUGUUUGCUGUCCUCCUGGAUUACCUCAAGAGCCCCGACUCCAGCCCCACGGUUCUGAAGAAGGCCUUCCAGGCCACGCUCAGGUGGCUCCUGAGCUCGCCUCGGCCCCCCGGCUGCUGCGACCUGGACCCCCACACCCAGCUGUUCCUCAGAGAGCUUCUCCCUGUGCUGCAGAAGCGCCUGUGCAGCCACUGCUGGGAGGUGAGGGACUCGGGCCUCGAGUUCCUGACCCAGGUGACCCGACACUGGGCAGGACAGGCCAGCUUCAGACAGGCGCUCCUGGCUUCCGAGGUGCCUGAGCUCGCCCAGCAGCUCCUGCAAGACCCUGAGAGCUACGUCCGAGCAAGCGCAGUGACCGCCGUAGGGCAGCUGUCCAUCGGGGGGCUGCACGCCGCCCCCGCCGGCCCUGAGCACCCAGGAGGCCCGCAGAAGAGCCUGCUCCCAGACCUGCUACACGUCCUGUCCACAGACUCGGAGGGCUUCCCGCGGAGAGCAGUCAUGCAGGUCUUCACCCAGUGGCUGAGGGGCGGCCACGAGGACGUGGCCGAGGACACGGAGCGCUUUGUGGCCAGGGUGCUCCAGGUGGCGAGCCAGGACCUGGACUGGGAGGUGCGGGCCCAGGGCCUGGAGCUGGCGCUGGUGUUCCUGGCUCAGACACUGGGGCAGCCCGGCUCCUGCUGUCCCUAUGCUGUCGCCGCCACGGAGACCAUCCCCCCCAGCCGGCUGGCGCAGGCCCUGCGGGCGUUCUGCCGCAUGCAGCUCUUCGAGUUUGCCUUCCGAGCCUUGUUCGACUGUGACCGCCCUGUGGCCCGGAAGUCCUGUGAGCUCCUGCUCUUCCUGCGGGACAAGGCUGCUCCCUAUGACGGCUCGCAGGAGGCGCGGAGCAGCCCCGACGUGGCCUCCGUGGAGGCCGCCCUGCAGAGGUGGCGGGCAGGUGAGCAGGGCCAGCCCCUGGGGCCCCUGGAGCCCGAGGCCGUGCUGGCUGUGCUGAGGUCCAUGGACCUGGAGGGCCUCCAGGGGGCACUGGCUGAGAGCAGUGACCACGUGGAGAAGAGCCCCCAGUCGCUCCUGCAGGACAUGCUGGCCACUGUGGGCAUCCUGGGGGACAACGAGGCCGACUGCUACUGAGAUGGCCCCUCAGCAACCUCCUGCCCUCACUGCUGGGCUGGUCCCUCCCGUAGGUCCCCAGGGCUCCAGCUCAGCUGGCUGCACAGGGGGUCCUCAGGGAGCCAGGACCAGGAAGACCCGCAGGCCAGAGUCACAUGUUGGGAUGUUUAUUAAAGUGGCUUAUUUUCUACUAAAAUAAAUGGCCUGUGACAAGGCCACUGAGUCGGUG